UCUUCGGUCAUUAUUAGUAUGUUAUCAUUUGCUAGGUCGAGCAGUUUCUUUGCAGUUAUCAAGCUGUCUGUUCGGUCUUUAAAAAGGGCUUAAGAAAAUCCAGAGGCUUAUCUCAUUAUGACGGUUACUUUUUGAAAAUUCGCGUAUCACGUAUCGCUGAUUUCUUUAAAGUUGAUUUUGUGAAGAAUUUGACACUUUCUCUUUUGGGGACUACCAGUUCAGAAGCAAUUUGUUUCAAUUUCAAUUUUUCUGCCUCCAUCUCCAACCCCAUCGUUAAUAUUGAUGUUUCUGAGUGUAAUUUUGGAAGCACCCUUGUGAGGAGGAGAGGUAUGGUUUGACGAAAGUCCAACGUUAUCAGCAUUGCUACAAUGUGUAUGUAUUUUUUAUAUGAAUAAACGUGGUGAAUUUUAACGGUUAAACGGCUAGAACUGCGACUUUUGGCAAGAGAGCAUCCGAAUAUGCUGCAUCUCAUACUUACAACUCUGUGUCUCUCCAUAUCAGACAAUCGAAAACUGUCACAAUUUCCAAGGUUCUUAAAAUUUCCAAGGCUGUACCUGGAUGACAGGUAAAGUUGUGACAGCCCCCUCCUUAUCGCCAGGUACCGCGGAGCAUGUUCCUGGUUGAGGGGGCUAACAUGUUUUUUAGGGGGCUCAACAUGUUAAAAACCAAAAGCAGGGCAAUUUUUGUAUGGUUUCAAGUGCAUUUUGGAACUUGUUGGGAGGGGCUAAAGCCCCCGUAUCUUCCCUCUUCCGCGAUCCCUGCUGCCAACGCAAUCACCCCCAUUGUUAUCCACAAGUAUCAAUGAACAUUGCUAGGAUACCACAAGUGUAUCACAGAAAUAGCAUUACUGCCUACAUCAAUAAUGUUGGAUCUAAUCAUAUAAUACCAAGUCUGAUUCCAAUUUAUAAAAUUGAAUUUCAUAGCACUUUUCAAACAUUUUAAAAUUUGAAGUUAUGGCUGCAAGCGAUGCGGUGUCACUAAUUAAUUUUAUUUUGUGCUGGUGAAAAUGGGAACUUUACUGUUUGUAACCAUCUCUAUGUUUGUAUCAAUAGUUUAAGGGUAUCUUUAGUUAACUCAAGGGAGCUUUCUGUCUAUGUACUCAUCCUUUUAGCCCUUUUUAUGUUCCAUGGGUCACUUUUAAGUGCCAAUUAUAUCUUUUGAAAUCUAUUCAAAACACCAAUGGCCCGUGUCAUAGUUUAGCAUUAGAGUUGCUGUUGUUGCACAUUCGUAGAGCUGUUGUUAAGUCCGAUGUUGUUGCCAAUGAAGUUCAAACCUGUUGCUGUGAAGGAGAGCAUGGGUAUACGUUAGAGAACAAAUAGACGCUUUGGAAGAUUUACACUAAGAUUUGAUAUGUAAUUACAACUAUUUAUCGGUAUUGUCUGCAGAGAAAAGCCUUUUUGAGUUACUGUUGACAUUGUCCCUGUGUAGAGAACAAUAGAAUUGCAAAUAUCACACGUUGUAUAGAACCAGGUUGCUUGUUUUAUGAUCAAAAGCCAGCUUGUUCAUGAAACCUGUCCACAGAUUUGCUUGCGUGCUUCAUUGUUUUGAACGUGCCAAAACUGGACUUUGAAAGAAUUGAGUUGACGCGAAGAAACUUUGCUUUUGCCUCUUCAAACUGAAUAGCGCUAUUUAUGACCGACGCUUAAUGAUAUCGAAAGAACAGGUGGUACACCAAACAGCGUUUGCGGGCAUCUUCAAGUGAACAACUUCGACUGUUCCUUGAUCAGCUCAAUUGAAAACUCAGCAGGAAGGAUAUCUCGACCGAAAAACAGAUCAAGCUCAGCAAUUCAAUUCAAGCUUUUCAGGUUACAGAAAAGAGUCCAUAUUGACAUCAGAUCGAGACAACGGACAAAGGGUGCCAUUGCCUGGCAAAUACGCUGCCUUACCACGAAACAAUGCGAAAUUAAGUGCGAGGUUGGAUGAAAUUGGGCUGAUUAGGAAACCUUCUGCAGAACCCUAUCGCAAUGCUAUGGCAACUGACACAAUGGAUCUCGCUGCAGCUGGGUCUACUCCAAAAAAAGGGGGGACUGUAAAAGCGUAUCAAGAAUCAGUAUUUAAUGACGGUCAUGAUGCGAGCCAAUCACAGAAUAACGGAAAGAGUACUGAUCGUUUAUUAACCCGAAUAGGGAAUUAUGAUGCACAAGUUAAAGGGAAAACAGAUCCUCGAUCAAAAAACCAUGUUUUGUAUAGUGGUAAUUCAACGAAUCGUGAAAGACCUGGGCUGAAUUCCGAGUUUCUUUCAAAAAGCUUCCCAGCUCUCAAAACAGCAAAUGGCUAUGAUUACAAUCAUGGCGACUAUAGCGAUGCUGAUCUGUUCAGUAAGUCGACAAUGGUUAAUCCAGAUGCAGAUUCCACCUAUUCACAUCACACCAGUUUAGCAGAAGUUGCUCGAAGCUCGCGUAAUAAUUCGAGGGUAGAAAUAGCAUAUCGACAGGAUGGAUUUGGAAAUGACUUGUUUAACUCGAUCAAUUCGCCAGCUUCAAUAGAUCUUUCUGGCAUUUCGAAGUGUGGAUCAAAGCAAAGCAAUCACGAUGUAAAUUGCUAUGAGAAACGGAAAUCGUCUGAUGGCGAACUCAGUCUCUCAAACUUUUCUUUUAGCUCAGCAAACGAAUCGAUGAGUGGGAAUGAAGGCGGGAAUUCGCGGACAAUAAUCACUGCUAAUCAAAGUAGCAGUAAGGAAAGCGUAGGAAAUCAUGACCAUAAGUUAAUUCCUUUGAUGUCUGAUUCAAACGGCAUUGCUGAUCAUGAUGUAACUGAUCAAGAUAACCUGAUUGAGGAAAUCGAGCGAUCGUUGAAGACAUUGCGAGACGACUCCCUCUUACAAGAAGCUAAAAUCAGUUCCGGACACAGUCCUAAAUCCAUACUAGAUCGGGCAGACAUAAUCUUGAAUCGCAUAUUAUUAGCUUCUUCACUGAGUCGUAAUGACAUUUCUAAAGACGUCGAAAAUAAUGAUAGUGACGUAAUGAAAAUAGAUAAUGCUCCAACAGGAUCUGUAGAUCUCACAAGGGUAACCACUUUAGAUUUGGAAGAGACAGGAUCCCGAAAAAGUGUGAGCGAUCGUAGUUUAGGCCGACCCGCAAGUGAAGACGGUUCGUUUGAUAAAGUUUUUCGCGGUAGGUUCCAAAGUACACCGAAGUUCACAUAUCGUUAUGAUCAUUAUGAUGACGAGGGAUCUUUCUCACUUGAUGCGACUGAUUCGUCUCCUCGAAGACUACAUCAAUUAGCAGUUGAUUUCAACCGCAAAACCAUAAUGAAGAAAUGCAUUGUUGCAUGGUAUAAGGAAUAUCGACGAAGUAGCAUUGAAACUGAAGAAGUUGUGCAAAAAAACAAUUCUCGGCGAUUGGCAAAAGCCUGGGUCAAGUGGACGACGGUUUUACACAGAAAGAGAAAGCAAAGGAUGAGGUCUGUUUUCGUUCAAUGGAAACAAAUUCACUUGCAGAUGAAACGGGAAAUGCUGACCACGGGUUCGUCUCGGAGAAAAGAAGUCAAAAAAGAAUAUUAUGAAUGGAAGUUUCAAUUUGAAAUGGAGCAAAGCGAUGGUUUUGCAUCCUUUCAUUACAAGUUGUCACUGUUAACAAGAUCCUUUCAGCUGUGGAAUGUGUAUGUCACCGAAAGACGUGUGAAAAAGAAAAUGCAGAAGCUUGCUAGAAUUCGCUUUGAAGUCCAGUCAACAAGGAAGCUGUUUCUUCAUUGGAGAAACUGCAUUGGCAAAAGUUGUUUUGUAAAACGGCAAAUGAACAAAGAGCUUCUCUUAAAUGUUUUUAAUGGAUGGAGAAAAUGGACCCAAUAUUCAAAAAUGCUUCACAAGCGCCAUCUAAGCGCCUGUAAGGAGUACCGUAGUCGUGCUAUGAUGAGGGCGGCUCUGGCUAAAUGGAGGUCAAAGCUAAAAGCCAGAAUGGCCGAGAAGCAUCAUAUUAUAGCAAUGGAAAGAAGAUCGUUUGUCCUAUGGAGACUGCAGUGUCGUCGUACGAUUCUUCGAAGGCAGAUCGCCAUCAAUCAUUCCAAUGUGGUGUUGAUGGAGAAAUGUUUUACACCUUGGAUGACAUUUUCAAUAGCCAGAUUAAGAAAAAGAAACAUGUUUAUCAAGUUGGUUAUGAAGAUACAGCUAAAAUCAAUGUUUCAAAAGUGGAAAGAUUUCACUGAAAAGUCAGCAAUCCUACGGCACUGUAAGACCUCGUUUCACUCGCUGCGAUCUUCCGUGCUGCUGAAAGAGGCUUUUUCAAAAUGGAAGCAUUCGCAUGACGUCAUUAAGUUUAAGGAAAGAAUGGCUGAAGAUCGAUUAAAGAGAAUUGUCAGGAAUGCCGCAAUGAAAUGGAAAAACAAAAUAGUGAAGAGACAUCUGAAUCAAAAAUUGAUUGCUGCUUCUCCUUUUUUUGAGUUCCUUCGACUGAAAGCUCUCUUUAUGCAAUGGGUUCGUGAGAAAACGAAAGCAGACAGGGACAUGCAAAGGGCAAAUGUAAUUGCAGCAAUCCUCGGUAAAAGUUGCAAGGCUCGAGUUUUCACGGCAUGGAGGCUGGUCACUCAAGAGGAUCACGUGAUACAUCAUAUGGUUGCUAGGAAGCAAAGACGCGAUCUGGCAAGAGUGUUUGAUGCAUGGAGGCUUGUAGUCACAAGGAACCUUGUGUCAGUGAAAUAUAGAAAAGUGAAGGAGUUGGAAAGAACGCAGAAUAUUUUCUUCAGUUGGAGGGAAAGAUAUUUAUUUGUAUUGAAGGAAAGAGUAUUACGACAGUCUGUUGAGAAGAACUUGCUGUUACGAGUAAUAUCGAGAUGGAAAGAUUUCGUAGCAGAGAUAAACCAUCACAGAAAAGAUCUGAGUCGAAGGUAUUUAACCCGCUGGCAAACCAAUACUGAGGCCAGAGUUGAAAGACGGUCAAGAUUACAAGCGUUAGAGGCCAACCGUCGCAUCAAACUAAAAAUCGGAUUUCGAAGGUGGUUAUUGAAAGCUGAUUUAUUGAAAAGAAUGAGAGAAGAAAAUGAGAACGAAGCGAUAAAUUUUUGUGCAUACAACUCAAAAAGAGUUGCAUUAUCACGGUGGAGAAGGCAAUUUCAUGUCCACUGUAUUGUCAGCGAAUAUAUCGAGGACAAGAAAUUUCAAUGUCUCGAUGGAGCAUUUAGGCAAUGGAAAGAUUAUGUCAAGCACCAAAUUCAAGAUGCCAUAGGCCGGUUCACAGAUCGACUAGAAAAAGACACACCAAGAAGUGUCCGCCAUCACACCUUAUCAGAAUCCUACGCUUCUGUUGAUAUGCCGAUUUUAAGAUCAUCUUCUGGUUACUUUGGGUCCUUACCAAACGUUGCCAAAAUCGGCUCGCCUUUGCCUGUAUCCCCGCUAGCAACUGCCCGCUCUGUCGCAGGGAGAGACUCGCCAGCCUCGUUGUCCCCAGAUUAUCCAUUUGAUCGUAGUCCAAAAUCCCCAUUGACUGGUCUGUAUAGAUCUAAUACAUUCUCAUCACCAUCAGAUCGAGGCAGGACUUCAAGUCUUGAAAGAUCAAGGUCAGUCCGCGAGAGAUCAAAGUCGCCAAACAGUAUCCCGAGUAGUGGAAGUCUUUCUAAUAAGAAUAAAUCGCCUGUUUAUGUGCCUCCUUUGUUUACAAACUCGUUCAAAGGCGAGGGUGACGACGACGACUCGGAUGAGGUUUACACUGAACUUGUGCGCCCAUCGUCCCUGCCUCGUCUUGAAAACAACGAUCCAUUGAAUCAGUCUACUAUGUUUCUGCAAAGCGAUAAGUCAGCUGAUGAUGACAGUCCAGCUUCAAUAUUCGGUCAUAACAUGGAUGAGGAUGCUAUGUCUUACUACUCAUUUCAAAGUGAGAGCGUCGGGGUCAAUCGUGAGCAUUUCAUGUCUGGUGCGAUUCGUCAUUGGCGCCAUUUGCCUCUCAGCCGAACAUUCAGGGCCUGGUUCAAGUAUACACAAGAAAGGAAAAUCAGAAGAGACCUAUUACUGCAUUUUGUCAGCAGUAGAAAUACCUGGACAGUGAAAAGAGUCUACCUUUUGUGGCACCGGAAACUGUAUUGUAGACUGGCAGUAGAGAAAUUCUACCGAACAAAGAUGCUGCAAAAACACUUCAAGGCUGUGUUUACAUUUACAAUGCAACAAAGACAGAAAAAGGACCAUAAUCUCGUCGCAAAGUUACAUUUAAGGAACAUGAAAAUCAACUCAGUGUUUCAACUGUGGAAAAGAAAGUACACUACAAAAAGAAGGCUCCACUCCCUCGUUGGAAGGUGGCAAGAAGCCGUACAUAUAUCGGAAGGUGACAAGUCAAAGAGUGAUCAAUUUUUACAACGAAGAAAGCAGAGAAUGUUGAGGGAAGCAUUUCUGGCAUGGAAACAAGCGAUGCAGAAUUUUGCAGCUGCGGAGGAGUUAUCAACCAAACUCCUCAUUCGAAGGGUGAUAAUAUCUUGGCAUAGAGGGGCAUCAAAAUCAAAGGAGUUAGAGAAGGCAUCUCAGAAAGUUGUGAAUAUGCGAACGUCAAAGGUCUUUUUUACUUGGAUGAAAUCUUUUAAUUCGACCAAGAGAGCUCAAUUGCAUUAUCAGAAUACUCAAGGUCAAAAAUUCCGUACCAUCUUUUACACUUGGUUGGAAUGGACGAAGGAGGAGAAAGCAUUGUCGAAACAGGUCGCUCAGUUCCAGAGAAGAAAGAAUUUCAAAUUAGUUGCCCAGGCUUUCUUCAUUUGGUCAGAAGAAGCUGAACGAUGCAAGAUUGCGGAUGACCAUUACCGCGAAAGCCUUAUGAUCAAGGUGAUUGAAUUUUGGCAUGAAUACACGGAGCAAAGACUAGAUCUUGUUAUUCGCCUGGAAGACUAUCAGCAGUCGUCUGUCAGAACCAAGACGAGAAAUGUUUUUGAUUGGUGGAAACGCAGUGCUAUUUGUUCCCGAGUGUUCAAAGAACGUCAGCAAAUCCAGCAUAGGGAACGUCAGAUGGAGGCCUUUUUGCAAUGGCGGAAAAAUGUUAGGCAAAGAAAAUCUGACAGUCAUUAUAGAGCAUUGAUCACAAAGAAAGCAUUUCAUAAUUGGCUUCAGAAGUGUGUAAAUAUAAACAAGCAACGAAGGGUAGUUGUCAUUGCUGCUAAGAAAUGGCUUUCGCAAACGCAAGCGCAUUUGGCCCUUGAAGAGACGGCAAAGAUAUUCUUCCAAGAACGAACAAAGGACCUUUUGCAAAGUACGUUUAUGCAAUGGGUUGACAGUGCAAAGGGUCUGAAAAUUGCACGGAUUCACCAUGAGCAGCAUCUAACGACAAGUGCAAUAAAUUACUGGUUCGUGAAGACAAGAAGAGCAAAGGAACUCAGGGAGGCCCGAGUCACUGUUGAAACAAUUGUUGAAAAUAACUUGUUGGCUGUGGCAUUCGAAAAGUGGAUAACAUUCUAUAAACAUGUACAGAAAAAUGACAUGGUUUUAGAGAAUUACUUGGAGUUGAAGCAGCAAGAAAUCCUCAAGCUUUGCUUGGUGAACUUUAGAAUCAACGCACUCAAAGGGAGAUCAGAAAAGCAUUGUAGAGCACUACUUCAGAGAAAAACAUUGGACACGUGGUUAAAUGCAGCCUAUCGAAGCAAAGCAUUGGCGAGAAUCAAAGAGCGCUUGCUGACAAUCACUGUUCGAAAAUAUGCAAAUAUCUGGAGAAAACGAACCAAAGCUGUGGUUGGCUUAGAAAGUAUUGCUGAUGCCCAAAGAAAGAAAAAAGAUACAAAAGAUCUUAAGAAAAGGUUCCAAGCUUGGAUGCUUAAAACCAGAGGAAAAACGCUGGCAAGGAUGUGCUUUCAGGGAAAUUUGUUGAAAAGUAAUUUCAUUCGAUGGCGAAGGCGCACCCAGCGCAAGAUGCUUCUGAGGAAAACUUUAGAGUCUUAUCAAGAAAAACAAAAGAAAAAACAGCUUCAAGAGCAGUUUCAGACGUGGAAGGAAAAAAUGAAACAGCUGCAAAAAGAUAAGAAGAUGGAGGAGGUUCAUGAACAAAUUGCAAGGGCACAUUUCCGCAAAUCACUGAUGGAGAAGUGCUUCUAUGGAUGGCGAAAGGAAUGUUUAGUUGAGCGAAUGCGAAUGAAAUUGGAUUUAAAACUUUGUGCCCAGUAUUUUUCUGUAUGGAAGGAUCAGAGCUUAGGAUCGAACAAAGCUGAACGCGCAUAUGAUCAAAUGCUGUUGGAAAGGUCUUGGAAGCGUUGGAGGAAAGUGAAAAUUAAACUAAAAGUAAUAAGAGCUAUGGAGAUGCACGAGACACGACAGCAGCUUUCAGAGGUGUUCUCUGCGUGGUACAAUUAUACCUACAUACGACGUCGUGCUCUUAAGGAAUUUGAACUGACAAAGCAGAAUAAAAUCUUCAGAAAAUGGAUGCAAGAAUACAACAAAUCUUGAGAGACGGUAAACUAGCGUUGAUUUGGGAACACAAACGAUUUCAACGGGCCUAUGAUACACGUUAAGCUGAUAUUUUCAAAAAAGAUUUCGAUAUAUUAUUGCCGUUAUUUUUAAAAACUCUUGAAAAUUCUCUCAAAAUUUUUUUGACAACACUUUUCCUGACUUUCUCACAUCUAAAAACUUCUGCAUAGAGUCUCUUUGUCUUUAGUUGCAUUUUCCUUGUCGAUUUUUCUUUUUAAAAUUUAUCCGAUUUGAAAAUGAUCUUACCGUGGGGAUAUCUUAUGUAUGGCCUAACACGAAGACCCUUACCUCUAUGCAACUAGCUUUCAUAAGUACAAGAGACUUUUUGCAAGUACUGGCUAUUCAUGAUAGACCCGACUUUUAAGAAGUAAAGUUGUACAGUAAAUCCUAGGUUUUGUAUGCAUUGUAAUUAAUACGAAUAAAUAUAUUU